UCUCCUGAGCCAACCCGACGCGCAUACCCAUUCCACGGCCAAUGGGACCUUUCUCUACCCUACGGUAUGGUCUCCCUACCUGUUCUGACCUCCUGUACUCCUCCAUUGAUCGCAGAACGACAGAUGGUGACGUCAUGUUAUGAUCCAAAAGCUGAGUCAUCCGGGCCCGACCCGCGCAGGACUAGCGCGGAUUCCCGUCGCCCAGAAGUACCGCCGUUGACUUCUCCGCACAUCCCCUCGUCCAUACGGGAGAAACCUCACCGAUAGCCCCCAAUUCUGCGGAGAAGAUGCCGGCAAGGUGGAGGACGAAGUCAGGAUGUUUGACGUGUCGUAUGAGACGGAAGAAAUGUGACGAGGAGGGUUCGGUAUGUCGAGCCUGUCGUCGCAAUGGCCUGACGUGUAUUUGGCAAUCCGGGGUCGAAUCAGGGAAGGACCGUAAGGGAAGUGAUGGCAAAGCACUGGUGAAAUCGCCUCCGAAGACUCCGUCGUUGUCUCCUCGAUUCUCGGCCCUGGAAAACACCCCUCGAGAUUCCCUCUUUCAAUAUUUCGCCGGGUCGAUAUUGCCGCAAUUGAUGAUGCCAGGAUCACCCGCAACCGGGGCAACCGAUAUGCUCAAACUAGGGGUCCAGUUCCCGUGCGUGCGAGACUCCUUUCUGGCGUGUGCCGCGCUGUUUCGGUCGAGCAGUGAACAACCCCCGCCGCGUGACGCCCUGGGAUACUAUUCCGGCGCGUUGUGCGCGACCCGUAAGAUGAUCCAGCAAUCGGCGGUUCAUGGCACGGAGGACUGGUUCUAUAUCCAAACGCUGUCGUUGUGUAUAUUCGAGCGCGCCCAGUCAGGCCCUACCUGUGGAGCCAUGUCGCAUGUGCUGGGUGCAUCGCGUGUCAUGGCUUUGAAAGUGAGGGAUACCUCCGGGACGCCGCACGACUCAUCGCUCAUCACUCCACUCCAACGGAUGUGUGCUGCAGCCCUGCUGUAUCAUGCGGCCACCAUGGCCUUCCUGAGCCCCGACAUAGGAUGGCUUCCCGGAGACGCAACGUGGGAGCAGGUGCAGCAGUACUUCGAGCCAGAGUCCGACUCGUUAUUUGCCAUGCCCCCGUCGCUGUGCCGACAGAUUCUGGAAAUCUCGCGGUUGGCUCGUCGCACGCCAUUGUCCGAAAACGAUCGCCUGGUAGCGUCGGACCUGCAGAAGCAGCUGAACGUAUGGCUUCAGCCACUUGUCCAUGUUGUCCCGGGCCACAAUGUUACUGCCAACGAUAUCAGCGACAUCCGGAAAGCAGCUGUACUCUAUGCGAUGGCAGCCGAUAUCUUGCUUCUGAAGGUGACGCAGCCCCGUAUCAAGGCAGCGGAUUCCCGUGUCCAGGCUCGUGUGAAGCAAAUCAUGAGCAUUUUGCAAUCAGACGUACACGGGAUAUUCUGGAACCAGCACUACUUGUGGCCAUUUGCUAUUGUCAGUUGCGCCGUGCAGCGCGAAACAGAGAUGCUCUUCUUGUUGGGCCGACUCGAUAUAAUGUGGGAACGAUCCCACUGGGGGGAUAUCAAACGAACGCGUGAAUUAUUACUGAACAUGCUACACUCCCGACGAGAGAACGCGCAGUUUGCUUCGCUGCGAGACAAUCGCUCGGGGAAUGUCCCGGAGCCAUUUGAUUACUUGCUCCAGCCCGAGGGCUUGUCCAACUUCGCCAGCUGAUCCCGGAACGCUCGGUAUUGGUGAAUCAAUAGCACAGCCAUGUGGGAAUGUCCCGUGAGAGUGAACUCAGCAAAGGCUACCCAUUUCGGAGCCAUCAAAGCGCUACUGCGAUAACCACAUUGGGCCCAUUCACCUGGAAGUCGACGCACUCCAGGGUGUAAUAUGAACGUGGCGUUUCAGAUCGGCUUGAGAUUGUAUCGUCUCGUUCUUGGGUGCAGCUGUUGAUACAACUUGCCGGACUAAGAAGAACCGGACUGGGAAGAACCGAGCUGCUCUGCGGUCUCUUUUUAGGAGCACUCGAUUCAGGCUCCCCGGUACAUUCCUGUGC